GAUCAAAACCUAUAGGAAAAAGAAAAUGUUGUCUUAAUUUUGCAUGCUGCAAUUUAUACAAUUUGCAUGCAAGACAAGACAAUACAAAUUCCACUGGUUAUACGCUAAAUUCUACACUAUCAUCAAUAUCAUCAUCAAGAAAAAUUUUCAAUUCAGACAUUUCCGCAUUUACCGAAAUAACAACAAACGAUAUUGAUUAUGACCAUUUGUAG